CUCCCUCUAAAAAAAUCAGAAUCGGGUUUCCGGGUUCAACCGUUUUUUCCCUCAAAAUCCGUCCUUUUCAGGUGGCAUUAUAACGAGUAUGGUGGAUAAUUCACCGGUAAACUCAUCUAGCAGUGAUGAUUUUGCCGCAUUUCUUGAUACAGAGUUGGAUUCCACUUCUGAUGCAUCUCCUGAACCAGAAGAAGAUGUCAAUGAGAUACAUAAUUCUGAUAUAAAUAGGACAAAGAGGCAGAAGAUCGAGGUGUUAGAAAGUGUGAGUGCGACAGAAGUCACUGAUUCAACUUCUGAGCAGGAAACAACAAAAGCAAUAGAGGUAUCAGUGAAGGAGGAUCAGUGCACACAUCCUGGUGUUAUUGGAGGAAUGUGCAUGAAAUGUGGAGAAAAGAUAGAUACCCAGUCCGGUGUUGCAUUCAGCUAUAUACACAAGGAUCUGAGGCUUGCUGAUGAUGAGAUUGCUCGAUUGCGUGACAGAGAUUUAAAAAGUUUAUUUGCCCGUAAAAAGCUUUGUUUGGUUCUUGAUUUAGACCACACCUUACUUAAUUCAACUCACUUAGCGGAUCUAAAGCAAGAAGAAGGUCAUUUACUAAAUUCAAGUGAUCCUAUACAAGAUGCACUUAGAGGCAGUCUGUUCAAACUGGACUACAUGAACUUGAUGACAAAGUUAAGACCCUUCGUUCACACGUUUUUGAAGGAAGCAAGUAAACUCUUUGAGAUGUACAUUUACACAAUGGGAGAACGUACAUAUGCACUAAAAAUGGCGGACCUUCUUGAUCCACAAAUGGUUUACUUCAGUUCUAGAGUGAUUGCACAAGGGGAUUGCACUCAAAGACAUCAGAAAGGCCUCGAUGUUGUACUUGGAAAUGAAAACGUUGUUUUAAUUCUUGAUGAUACAGAAGGAGUGUGGGGAAAGCACAAGGAUAAUCUGAUUUUAAUGGAAAGAUAUCAUUAUUUUGCUUCUAGCUGUGCGCAGUUUGGGUACACAUGUCAAUCGCUUUCUGAACUGAAAUCUGAUGAAAGUGAAGCUGAUGGAGCUCUUACAACUAUUCUAGAACUGCUCAAGAAAAUCCACAAUAAAUUCUUUGAUCUAGAAGUCGGUGAGGAUUUUGCAGGACGGGAUGUAAGGAAGGUACUGGAGACAGUUCGUAGUGAAGUCUUGAAGGGAUGUAGAAUCUUGUUCAGUCAUGUUUUCCCUACAAAAUUUCAGGCAAAAAAUCACCAUUUAUGGAAGAUGGCUGAAAGACUAGGAGCUACAUGUGUAACAGAAGUCGACCCAUCUGUGACUCAUGUCAUUUCAACGGAUGUUAGAACUGACAAGUCUCGUUGGGCUGUUCAGGAAAAGAAGUAUCUGGUUGAUCCACGUUGGUUAGAAGCUGCAAAUUAUCGGUGGCACAGGCAACCUGAGGAGCAAUUUCCUGCGAAGAUAAGAAAAAGUCGGUGAUGUUUUAUUCAUAACUGCCUUCUUGUGAUCAGAUGUUAUAGUCCUUAAACUAGACCUAUGCAAAUCAUUUUCGUCAUUGAUUAUAUCAUUAACAGAAGUUCUGAUUAUUAACAUAGCUGAUAGUUAGAGUUAGAGGGAGAAAAAUAUGCAUUUUUGCAUCACAAUUGUUGUGAAAUGGAAGCUUUUUUUGUAUAGUACUUUAUAUCGAAUCAAAGAUGUGCUAAAGCUCUUUUGUUCGUUAA